UGAGAACUAGAACCAAAAGCAAGAGCCUGGGACGGAGCUUAGGUUCCGAGGUUGUUUGUUUGAGUUAGACACGACAAACUCAAGUACGUGUGCAUUACAACUCCUCCUCCCUCAUUCUCAUCCUUCUAUUCUCUCUCAUACCCUCCAUUUUUGUUGGAUUCCCAGCUGUUUAGAUUCCGUUACCGGUUUUUCCCAACUCCAUAAUAAUCAUCAUCAUCAUUUUAUAGGACAGACAAAGCUGAUUCGCUUGGAAGCCUCAAGAGCUAUGACAUCAUCUUCUCGUCUUCUUCCAACUCCCCUGGAAAACAACGACAUCAACAAAUCUGAUCAAAAGUGCUGGGAAGAUGUUUUCGUCACCUACUGAAUGUUCUGAUGACAUGCCAUUUUCUUCAGUUUCACAGCAUGAUAGGCAAUAUCAAGAUUCCCACUUUGUUACUCAGACGUUAUGUGACAAUGAAUCUUCUAAAAUGCAUCCAACAACAUUCAUUUCUCACCCACAAGGGAGUGAAGAUAUUUCCUGGGGACCAGAUCCAUUUCAGGAUAUUAUUAGUUUUCCUGAAAAUGUUUCUGUCCAGCAUGAUCAGGAGGAAAACAGUGCUUGUUACGUGAAUGAUGUCAGUGUUAGAAAAUCUGAUUUUGGGGAGUGGGUUGAUCAGUUAAUGUCAAUUGAUGAUUCUCUUCAGCCAAAUUGGAGUCAGCUUCUUGGUGAUGACAAUGUAGCAGAACCAAAACCAAAGGCAACUCAGGUUUCCCAGCAGUUCUUUAUACCAUCUGGAGAAGUUAAUGUUCUAUGUAAUACGGCAUCAACUGCACCGCAGACUAAGCCUAGAAUGCGUUGGACUCCGGAACUUCACGAAGCCUUCGUGGAAGCAGUCAAUCAGCUUGGUGGUGGUGAAAAGGCUACUCCAAAGGGUGUCUUGAAUAUAAUGAAAGUCGAGGGCCUUACUAUCUAUCAUGUAAAAAGCCACCUCCAGAAGUAUAGAACUGCCAGAUACAAGCCAGAGACUUCAGAAGGAACUUCCGACAAACAGACUCCAAUAGAAGAAAUGAAAUCUCUAGACUUGAAAACGAGUAAAGGGAUCACUGAAGCAUUACGGUUACAGAUGGAACUCCAGAAGCGACUUCACGAACAACUUGAGAUCCAAAGAAAGUUGCAGAUUCAAAUUGAAGACCAAGGGAAACGUCUUCAGAUGAUGUUUGAGAAACAGAGAGAGAUGGGUGACAGCAAGGUUAAGGGCACCUCUUCCCUUAUUGAUGAGCCUUCUGCUGCGCCAUUAGACACCGCACUUCCUUCUCCGCCAGUGGAAACCUCAAAUGAAGAGCAUGACGAACUUGGAAGCAACCAUAGCAUCCCGAAAACCAUGUCAGAAGAAAGUUCCCAGGAUGCAAGUCCAAAACAAAUGGCAUUGGCAAGUGAAGCUGAAGUUGUUAAUGAAGCCGAUGUGGUGGAGGCAGAGGCGGCCGACAAUCAGUUUGCUCCACCCCCCACAAAACGGGUGAAGAGUUCAUGACAGUAGCGCUAUUCUCUGCUUGUAGAGAUAAUAUGGUGGAAGUACCCUUGUGCUUGUCAUAAUGAUACACUCAAAUUGCACAGUAAUCAUGACUAUGGCUUCAUUAUUUGGGAUAAAAUUAAUUUCACUGAUUUGUUUUAUAUUCUUGGACUAGUUUGGACAUAUGGAAUUUGUAGAAACGUUUCAACUUGAUGGUUAUGACAUUUUAUAAGGUGAUAAUAUCCUCUUUUUUCUUUUCGUUGUUUUUUUAAGCUAUUGCUUGGGUAGUUGAGUUUAUUUGAUGCAAACAACAGAGUUGAAAAUGUGACAUGACAGAGAGAGAAGCAUGCACAGUUAUCCUAGUUCUAGUGAGGUCUUAUUUUCCUUUGUAAAUUGAGUAGCUGAAUUGGACACGAUGAAGGUUCCAGCAUUAUCAUCAGAAGCAAUGUUAACAGAAACAUAGGUUGCCAAGGAUCACACAAUGCAGGAAAUUAACUUAGUGUGUGGGUCUCAGCAUAAACACUGAAUAAUAGCCAGCUAAUGUUUGCCUCUUUGAGCGUGACAAUUUGUAAUACAAAAUAUAUGUUACUUGUGUACAUGGAUUCGGUUGAGUAAUCUCAAGUUUUCAUUUG